UCUCUCAUACGCUGACUUCUAGCCGGUCGCCCGGAGUAGCGCUUUAUAAAGAGCUAAAUUUACCGAACUUUACGUUGUUUCCUGAGCUCUCACAAUUGGCCAGACGCACUCGGCUUAGAGAGUUAUAAGGUUUGGAGGACCUCCUACCACUUUUAAAUUUGUUCAUGUGUUUGGACCUCAGCUGUGGAGAGGCGACAGUGAAAUAGGCGCACAGACUCCGGCGCGGCUGCCGCUCGACACACUUUGACAAGAGAUAGAUCAUUAUUUCACCGAACGAUGGCCUUAUCCACGCUACCGUCAUUUUCGACAUUCACAAACCAAAGAGAAAAAAACUGGGAAAACAGGUGGAAAGGAGAGAUGGACAAACUCGUCUCUACCAGCUGCUCCAUGCUUGAAAUGGUACACAACUUGGACAAUCACGGCAGAAAGGACGACGAGGAUCUGAGUAAUUAUUUGGAUCUGGAUUUUAUUCUCGCCAACACAACUGGAUCCGACAGCACGGUGGACUAUGUGGGAACAACAGACCCCAACAUGUACUCAGCUGGAAACUCCGUGCCAUCCUACCCAGCAGACGACCACCGCUCCCCGCCACCCCCGUACGGCGCCAGUCUCAUGACAGAGCUGCUCCGCGCAGAGGGAACCAGCAACUAUGGCAUUACGCGCAACCCCAGCGUUCAGGGGAGAUUUUAUGUCAACACGGCGCAUUUUCCUCGCCCGGACAACAUCAAAGUGGAGCCACCAAUGGACAGCUACGGCCCCGUUUUGGGCAUGGUGCCCCAGAGCUGCAGCAAAAUCAAGCAAGAAGGCAACGUUUCGUGCAUGAUGUCGUUUGAGCAGCCACGGGUGGCCAUCUCUCCCCGGGCAGCCAGCAACAUGACCCCACCUCUAAGUCCCGAUGACCAGGGAGUUUCGGACUGCCAGACACAGCUGUGCCAGCCGAUGAACUUUCCUCAGAAAUAUCACACACCAGCGGCUUUCCAGCACCACCCUCAGGCUCCCCACAUGCAGAUGCCGUACCACGCUCCGCACACUGGCUUUGGCUUGUAUGAUGAAGGUCUCAACCUGCAGCCCGGCGCGCAGAGGGUGAUGCUGACACCACCCUCAUCUCCCCUUGAGCUGUUGGAGUCCAAACCCAAAAGAGGUCGGCGCACGUGGCCACGGAAGCGCACAGCGACGCACACCUGCACCUUCGCUGGCUGCGGAAAAACUUACACCAAGAGCUCCCACCUGAAGGCACAUCUCCGAACUCACACCGGUGAGAAGCCGUACCACUGCAGCUGGGAAGGCUGUGGGUGGAAAUUCGCCCGCUCAGACGAGCUGACCCGUCAUUUCCGCAAGCACACCGGACACAGGCCCUUCCAGUGCCACUUGUGUGAGCGCGCCUUCUCCAGGUCUGACCACCUGGCGCUUCACAUGAAGAGACACAUGUGAAGGAGCCCACAUAAGGACUUGGGGUUGAGAGGGAUGAUGGGUUAUUUUUAUUGUGAUUCAACUGUAUUUUUAUUUAAAAUGUUCUCAUCAUGACCAAAGUCUUUUUAUAUAAUAUUGAAUUUAAAAAGUUUUAGUGUUAUUAUUUUCUAAUAACGUAGCUGGUACUACUUUGGUUCUAUAAAGCUUUAGAAAAGCUUUGCUUUCGAGCAGGAAGACCAAGAAGGGGCUGGCCCUGUAUAUACUACUCUUCUUUGACAGAACUGGAAUGCUGUGUUUGACACAAAAGUGCCUUUCUAUGACUCUGCUACUGUAAAACUCUGUGACAGAACGACAUGGCCACACAUUUGUACAUGUUCUUGGUGACAGGAGUAAAAUGCACAUACAGUUGCCAAACAUGUGCAAAGACAAUGUUUUAUUUAAACUGCCUCAAUGUCUGAAUGGCCUUUACUGUUUUAUUUUUUAUGCUUUUUUUCCGAUUUGGAACUGUUGUCUUCUUGGUGUGAAACUCUCGGAUCCAGCCCCUCUGUACACUAUCAGGGCUUGAUGUCCUGUGCAUUAUUUUUUACUUAAAUUUAUAUAAAUAAGUACAUGGAUUUUAUACUGUAAAAUGUGUAUUUAUUGUAAAUAUUAAAAAGAACAGAACUGAA